CGACCGCUCGAGAGCAUAAACACAACAGACGCGUAUAGUUGACCCCAGUUCAGAGACCGAGUUCUGGAGGUCGCGCCAUGGGUGGAUGCCUAGCUUCGCCAAGGCGCGUGGGCGAGCCGAGCGAGGAAGGAGAGUCGACAUUCCUGUCGUCGAGGUCGCCCAGCUGCUGCGUCGCUUUCCAAUCGCGGCAAAUCAAUGGCAAGCGCCCGUACUACCUGUGCUACGACGCGCGGAGUGGCGCCGCGGCCGGCAGCAGCGGCAGGUCGCUCCGGCUGAACGGCGAGAGCGUCACCAGCCCAUGCUCCAGGUUCUACAUCGAGCCGUCCAGGGUGCACGCCGGGCUCGUGCACAUCCGGUGCUGCUACGACAACAAGUACUGGGUGGCGCAGCAGCGCCAGCAUGAAGGUGGCUGGGCUAUCAUCGGCGGCGCCGACGAACCGGAGGAGGACCUGUCCAAGCCGACAUGCACGCUGUUUAAGACCACACGCGUCCCCCCACACUCCAUCAGGCUCCUCCACGUCCAUCGGGGAAAGUACGCGUGUCUGCCCUCAAGCUCUGACGACAAUAUGAUCAGGCUGCUGGAGACUGUCAGUCCCUCCCUACUUACAGGAGACAAGGAAGAUGCCAUUGCCACCUUCACUGUCCAUGACCUAUCGGAGCAGUUUGUGCUGCCCAGAUACCUUGCUUUCAAAGGCGACAACGGCAUGUACCUCCGCGCGCGCACCGUGGAACGGUAUCCAUACCUCCAGUUCUCGGGACGCGACGUCGGAGACCAAGCCGUGCUCAACACCAUCCACACCAACGACGACGGGACCUUCCGCGUGAGGUCAAGCCACGUGGGCAAGUUCUGGAGGCGCAGCCCGAACUGGAUCUGGACCGACUCCACGGGCGACCCCACGGAUGACACGCUGUUCAGGGCGAUCAGAUUAUCCGGAGCUGGCUUCUUCGCGCUCCAGAACUUGGGCAACGAGUACUUCUGCAAAAGGCUAACCACCGAGGGCAAGAGGAGCUGCCUCAAUGCUGGUACUCCGACGAUCACGGCAGAUGCACGGUUGCAGUUGGAAGAAGCCGUUGUGUCCCGUCAGAUUUACAACGUCGUCUUCGACCUCUCUGAACCAAGAAUCUACGGCAGGAGCGUCGUCACCAUGGCCACCGCGUCUGCUCUCAACGGCACAACGUCAAACAACACGGCUAAACUAAUCCUGGCGUACACGGACACGGAGAAGAGGACCUGGGUUUCGACCGUCACGUUGAAGCUUGGCGUCGCAGCCACGAUUUGUACCGGGGUUCCGGUGAUCGUAGCAGGCGGGAGCGUUGAGGUUUCGGCUGAAUUCAGCGGACUGUACAGCUGGGGGUCGCCCGUCGAGAAGGAGACAACGCAGAAGGUCGCCUACGAAGUCACUGUGCCUCCCAAGACGAGGGUGACGGUGGCCUCGACAGCGACUAGGGCUUUCUGCGACGUCCCCUUCUCCUACACGCAGAGGGACACCCUGUUUGACGGGCGGCAAGUCACGUACGACAUGGACGAUGGCCUCUACACCGGUGUCAAUUGCUACGAUUUCAAGUAUGUGACCAGCGAAGAAAACAUCUGAAGUGGAAUUUGGUGUUCUAAUUUCUAUGUAAAUAUAUCGUGUGCUGUACUGUUUGUUAAUUUACGUAUGUGGUUUUCCGUUUAAAAGGGACCAAUUCUCUCUGUCAGUGUAUUAGACUUGAUUCUUCUUUUCAGAGUGCAGGAAUUUGCACAAGUACUCAUGGCUGAGAUCAAAGAAUGACAAAAAAUCAGGUUAAUAUAAACAUCUUUACAAAUAUGGGA